AUGGUUAGACUCUUCCAGGACACAGAUCCUAAAAGUCAGCCCUGCAUUCUGAGCAGCUCAAAAAGAGGAGCUGGACCAGCAUUACCUCAUACCCUGCCCUCCCUUGCCGGGGACAAAUGGCUCUAUAAUGACAGCUCCAUAAUGGCAGCGGGUGAGGCCAUGGUGCAUAUCAGGGUCACACUUCUGCUGCUAUGGCUUGAGGUAUCUCUGCCCAUUUCUGGUUACUCUCAAGCCAGUCCCUCCCAAUUCUCCUCCUCAGAACUGGUGAUUCCCUUGAAGGUGCAAAGAGGAAAAGGUGCAAAGGCUUCUUCGGGCCAGCUUUCCUACAGUCUACGAUUUGGGGGCCAAAGACACAUUGUCCACAUGAGGGUCAAGAAAUUCUUGAUAUCUAGACAUCUCCCAAUGUUCACCUAUACAGAUCAGCAUGCCCUUCACCAGGAUCAGCCUUUCGUUCCUGAUGACUGCUACUACCAUGGUUAUGUGGAGGGGGUUCCUGAGUCCCUCGUUGCUCUUAGUACCUGUUCUGGAGGCUUUCGAGGCAUGUUACUGAUAAAUGACCUUGCUUAUGAAAUUGAACCAGUUAGGUUUUCUGUCACAUUUGAACACCUGGUGUAUAUGAUAGACACUGAUGAAACACAUUUCCCACCUAUGAGAUGUGGGUUAACAGAAGAGGAAAUAGCACGCCAAUUGGAGUUGCAAGCAUCAUAUAAUUCUACUCUGAUGCAAAGUUCUUAUGUGGGCUGGAGGACCCACUGGCGAUUUAUUGAGCUGUUAGUCUUUGUGGACCAUUUUCGAUUCCUUUACUGCAACAGUAAUGUGUCAGUAGUACAGCAGGAAGUAUCUGAUGUUGUCAACAUAGUUGAUAUCAUCUAUUACCCUUUAGAAGUUUAUGUGAGUUUGGCUGGUAUUGAGAUCUGGAAUCAAGGAAACCCAGUUCCCACUGAUAAUAUACAUGAGCUUUUGGAGGAUUUUGCCAUGUGGAAGUAUUUGAAUUUUGGUAACCAACUGUCACAUGAAGCUUCCCAUCUUUUCAUAAAAAAGUCAUAUGGUAUAAACUUCGGUCUUGCCUAUGUUGGAACAAUAUGCCAGUAUCCUUUCAAUUCUGGAGUUGAUGUUUUUGAAGACAAAAGUCUGGCUCUUUUUGCACUUACCGUGUCCCAUGAACUUGGUCAUAACUUGGGUAUGCUGCAUGAUGAUGAGUGGUGUGUGUGUGGGUUUGAGUUUUGCAUAAUGUAUUCUUCCAGAAAGGUGACAGAUAAAUUCAGCAACUGCAGCUAUGCCCAGUAUUGGGAUAACACAAUGAGUAGGGGAGUAUGUAUUCUCUCUCCUCCACUUUUAGAGAAUACCUUCAAAUUGCAGUAUUGUGGGAACCUAGUGGUUGAUGAAGGAGAGGAGUGUGACUGUGGAACCAUGCACCAGUGUGUAAAAGAUCCCUGUUGUCUGUUGAACUGCACUCUGAAGCCUGGAGCUGCUUGUGCUUUUGGCAUUUGUUGUAAAGACUGUAAGUUUAUGCCACCGGGGACUUUGUGCAGACAACAGGUUAAUGAAUGUGACCUUCCAGAGUGGUGCACUGGGACAUCCCACCAGUGCCCAGAAGAUGUAUAUGUGCAAGAUGGGAUUCCCUGUAGUGACAGUGCCUACUGCUACCAGUUGAGUUGUAGUAGCCAUGACAAGCAAUGCAGAGACAUUUUUGGCCAAGAUGCAAGGAAUGCACCUCAGAGUUGCUACAAAGAAAUCAACACCCAAGGAAAUCGAUUUGGUCACUGUGGUAUCGAAGACAUAACAUAUAAAAAAUGUGAGGACCCUGAUGUUCUCUGUGGGAGAAUCCAGUGUGAAAAUGUGGGAGUAAUUCCUAACCUGAUGGAACAUUCUACAGUGCAUCAAUUUCACUUCAAUAACACCACUUGCUGGGGCACCGAUUAUCAUUUAGGGAUGUCCAUACCUGAUAUUGGCCAAGUGAAAGACGGCACAGUAUGUGGUCCAGAAGAGAUAUGCAUCCAACACAGGUGUGCUAGAAAGAUUCAGUUACCACAAGACUGUCAAACUAAGACCUGCCAUAUGAAGGGGGUCUGCAAUAAUAAGCAGAAUUGCCACUGCAACCAUGGAUGGGCUCCUCCUUUCUGCAAUACCAGAGGCUAUGGAGGUAGUUACAACAGUGGGCCACCUCCUAAGUACCAUAAAUCAAGGUUCAGAAAGGAGGGGAUUUUGGGUCCCCUGUCAGUCCUGUGGCUUAUUCCUUUGAUUAUUUUUGUUUCAUUUUUCUUCAUUGUGGUUUGUAAGAAACCCAGAAGAAGAAAGAAGGAAGGAGAGAUGGAACAGGAAGAGAUUUUGGAAGAAGUGAGAGGAGAAAAGAGAAAUUAA